CCGGAAACACCUAAAGGAAACACCAAAUACUUGGUCACAGCCCUUAGCAUCUUAUAUACCAGCAGAUCAGCACAGGCUCAUAACUCCGACCGCCUCCAGGCCUCAAGCCGCUGUGAUACCCAACAGGCAAGCCCAUAGACAGCAUGGCUCGUCCUUCUAUCGCCUGCAUAGGCGUAAUCGGAAAACACAACAACCCACUUCACAUCUCACUAUUUCCGGCUGAAGAGCGGGCGCCUCUCGAGUAUCAAUUCCUACUAAGCUCAUGCCUGGACAUAUUUGAAGCUCGUCUGCCGCACAAGACAGCAGACCAGGACUUUGGUCUUCUCCAAGCUGUCGAUGAAAGACUAGCAAUGUAUGGGUGGCUGACCAAUACUGGUGUCAAAUUCGUCGUUGUUGUCGACAUGGAGGGACGGCCAGCUACUGCGCAAGAUGGCAAAGCACCUGCAACCAUCGGGCUUCGAGAUGCAGAUCUCAAACCGGCUUUCAGAGCUCUACAAACAGCAUACAUCAUGCUUCUAAGGAACCCAUUCUACAACCCAGAUGAACACUCACCAGUGACAGCAAAUGAAGAACAGAGAAUUGGCUCGACACAAAUCACGAGUCGAAAGUUCAUCCAGGAAGUCAAAAGGAUCGCCGACGCAUGGUCUCCAGGAGUUGCCAGCAUCUAAGUGCCUUCUCUUCAUAAUUUAGCAUUAUACCACAUUGCAUAGGACGGCGUUCAGUCUUCAGAAUACACAGCCUUCAUCAGUACAACA